GUCGAGGCCGCGACGUCCCGCGUGGCGUCGCCCGAGCCGCCAGCUGUGGCGGUGGCGGUGCCGGUGGCGGAGCCUGCAGAGCCUGCACAGGAGGUCGAGCCGCCAGCCGUGCCGCUGGCGGAGCCUGCGGUGCCGGAGCCUGCAGUGCCGGCGCCUGCAGAGCCUGCACAGGCAGCACAGGAUGCACCAAUCCAGCCCGCAGAAGACGAGGAGGGUUGGACAGCUGUUUCAAAAUCUGCUCGCAAGGCUGACAAGAAAGCCAAGGCGAAACUUCACGAGACGGAGGUCAAGACGGAGGUGAAGAAAGCUGUGGUCGUGCCGGCGCCACCUCCUCCACCAGACCAUGGAAAACGACAAAAGGGGCGACACAAGCCGGAGGUCAAACUCAGUCCGGCCACGAAGCCACAGUCACCACCCACACCGCCGCCGCCGCCGGUGAAGGAGCACAAGAAACCGGUGCAGGAGCAAAGACCAGCCGUGCAGGAGGAAAAACCACCGGUGCAGCCGGUGCAGGAACAAAGGUCCCCUUUGAGGCAAAAGGGGCCAUCGGUGCAAGAGCACAAGCUUGAAUUGCCUGAGACCAAGAACAAGAGGGGGAAAGCCUGGGCGGACAUACCACCCGAGGGCACGCCUCCAAGCUCGCCGCCGACAGCGGGCUUAGUCCUCACGGUGAAAAACGAAGAAGCUUCCGAAGUGCUGAGUCCGCACACGCCGGACAACGGCGAGGAGAAGCUUGAGGACACAGGCUUUGAAGUCCUGUCUGGAAAGAAACGACCCAAAGUACAACCGGAGGUUGUGACUGGUCCAGGCGGGCGUCCGAAAGCACAGGAGGGAAAUGGCCAAGUGGCCGCUUCGGAGCCAGUGGCGCCAGAGGUUCCGGUCUCGCCGGUCCCGGUCUCGCCACAAGGUACCACUUUGAGCCCCAAGGCACCCGCGGCUGCACCAUCGAGCCUCUCGCCGUUGGAAAAGGAAAUUUUAAGAUUGGAAAAGAAACAGCGAGAGGUGGAAAAGCUGAAGCAGCGACAAGCAGAUGGCGAGGAAUUGGAUCAUCUCCAGCUCAAGAAGCUUUCAUGUAAAGAUGAGAUGAUGCAAAAGCUACAAGAACUAAACCUCAAGAAGGCGCUUGAAAGGGUUGGAUUGGAGGUGAACCAAGUCGAGGCCCGUGGACGUCGAUCCGCCAUCGAAUUGUGUGGUGAUAGCAACAGUGCCUGUGGACAUGCCGCAGAUCGCGCCGAGCUCCGUGCCGAUGGGAAGGACCGUCCGGAGGUCUUUGGGUCGUGGUGGGUCCGGUCUGGGAUUUUGCACGGCUCCCAAUUUGGAGAGUUCAACGACACCCUUGAAAGCGCCAAGGGAAGGAUUCAGGCCGCACAUUGA